AUGUGUGAUUCGGACAAACAACUCCUCUCUUCUGAUCCAAGAAUAAUCUUAAAUGUUGGCGGUAUCAGAUACGAAACCUAUAGAUCAACUCUACUAGUAUAUCCUCAAACCCUUCUUGGCACAAUGUUUCAACCACGUAAUGACUCUUUACUUCAACCAUCCAACACUGGCCUCUAUAACGAAUAUUUUUUCGAUAGAAAUGGAUACGCGUUUCGUUAUAUUCUAGAAUUUUAUCGUACUGGUAAAAUUCUUUGGCCAAAAUCUAAUCCUUUACGUGCUCCCAUUUCUCAAAAUUCCUUAAAAUCUUCCUCCACGUCUUCUGUGACUGUAGAUAGUGAUAAAAUAGAUUGUUCGAUUCAUCAAUGUACAAUUCCAACUGCUACAGACUCUCUGGCAAAAAUAAUGCCCGUAUCAUUACACGAACUUCAACGUGAACUCGAAUUCUUUCAAAUUCCUUCUUCCCUAUCUCAUUCCUCUCCUGCUUCACAUUCUUCAAUCUCAUAUAACAUAGCUGCUCAAAUUCUUGAUGAUUUCAUUUAUAUUAUAGAAUCUUUAAUUUGUGAAUCCAUUGAAUCUUUUUCCCAAAAAAUUACUAUCAAAUUUUAUGAUGAUUCCCGACCUGUUGAGGUCUUUAUGGCAAGAAGUCGAAGAGACGAAGCGUUAAAAGGAUUUGAAAGUUGCGGUUGGGAAAUUUUGGAUUUAUUUGAACAAAAAAUAUCUAAAAGAUUGAAAAUUAUGUUUCCAGGUUUAAAUACUUACGUUGGCUACGUAAAUUCAAAUGGAAGCGUGAGUAGUGGGUAUAUAGCGGGAAAUGCUUUUUUACAAACCGAUAAUGGAAAAAGAGAUGUUAAAGCUAAAGUUUAUAGAUUAUGUUCAUUUUUUGAUCCAAGAGAAGUAUUGUCUAAUACUUUGAGUUUUGAAGAUAUUUCUGUCUCUGGAGGUUCAUGUGGUAACGAUAAUAUUAAAGUAUCUCCUAAAAAAUUAUAA